CGAGAUCGCACGGCACCGCCCGUUUAUCGCCUCCUCCUGCGGCGCCAGUCCGACCUCCAUGGACGCGUGGUCGUACGAUGAAGUGGGGGAAUGGCUCCGAAAAAAGGGACUGGAGGAUUACGUCGAGGUGUUUCGACAGCAAGCCAUUGACGGCGAGAGCCUCAUCGAGUUCACCGAAGUAGAACAAGCCAUCCAAGCGUUCAAGAUGCCGUGGGGACAUGCAAAUCGGUUGGUGAAAGCGAUCCGAGAGUAUUCCGACAGUGUGCUCGAGCUGCUUGUCCUCCAAGCUUCGCCUUUGGUCAUGGAAUCGCCAACGAGUCAUGCUAUCGGGAAGCUGUACCAUUUCAUGGAGAAGCUCGACCUCGAUACGGAACGUGCGGCGAUCACGGACAUCCUGACACGGCAUCUCCCGACCAAGCGCAUUCGGGCACGGUUUGAAGUGGCGACUGUCGAUUCAUUCAAGGCAUUGCUUACCGCGUACCAAAUUAAGAUGCUCCACUUUUCAGGCCACGGCGUCGGCACACACCACGAACUUUGCUUUGAAAAUGGCCAUGGCCUCACACACAAGAUCUCUCGAAGCUCUCUCCGCGACCUCUUUGCAGGCUCGAUCCCCAAGGCAAACGCGUCGUCGCUUCAAGUCGUGUUUGUAAGCUCGUGCCACAGCGAGCCCGUGGCCAAAGUAUUCGAGCAAGUGGGGGUUCCGCACAUCGUCGCGGUGCAUUCGGACUCGCGCAUCGUCGACGCCAGCGCCAAAGACUUUGCCAAGCAUUUUUACCUGUCGCUCUUUGCUGGAAAAACCGUGUCGACUUCGUUUCAGAACGCCAUCACAGCGAUCCGACUCAGUCCGUCGACCAACUCGCACCGCGCGUGCUGCUGCAGCCAUCUGCAUUUGAAAACGUGCAAGUGGUGGCUCUCGGGCGGCGUCCACGCGCGCCACUCGACCACAGACUGCUGCUGCAAACCGGGCGUCAAGCUCCCCCACGACGAAAGCAGCAAAUUUCUUCUCAUGGGCACCGCGUCGAGCCACGACGUCGUUGUGUUUCCGACCUUGACACGGGGAGCCCCCAUCGACUUAACUCCCCCAUGCCCCACGAACCUUCCCGUCAUGACCAAACAAUUUGUUGGCCGCCAACUCGAAACAUACAGGCUCGUUCGAUCGCUCUGUUGUGGGCAUGCGACGGUGUGCACGGGAGCGCCAGGCAUCGGCAAGAGUUCGCUGGCACUCGCUGCCGCCCAUUACAUUCUACAGCGCCGGGUGUGUCCCGACGGCGUGUACUAUGUCGACUUGGAAGGGCUCGAGCUAAGCGCCGUGCGGUACGCCAUUGCGCGCAGCGUCGGGCUAUCGACAGGCCAUGCCGAGUCCAGCUCGGACGCUGAAGUGUUUGCCGAGCUCGGGGCGAAGCGCUGCUUGCUCGUGUUGGAUAAAGUCGAAGAGUUGCUCGACGUCGACGAAGACAAGGCGCAGGCGUGGCUCGGGCAAUUGGUCGCGUGCGCCACCAACACGCGGUUUCUGUUUGCGUCGCGCCGCGCGCCAGUUAUCCCGAACGUGACGUUGCAGCAUUUUUCGAUCAAUGAACUGUCCGCGACGCUGUCCGAGAGCCUCCUCCGCAUGUGCAACCCUCAGUGCACCGUCGACGAAGCCCGCAGUCUCGCCCAGAUCUGCGGCUAUUUGCCCCUGGCGCUGCGCGUGAUCGGCCGAGCGCUGGCCAACACGCGGUCCAACUUCACUGCCCAAAACUUGAUCGAGCGUCUUCAGAGCGAGGAGGGACGUCUCGAGCGAUUCGCGGGACUGCCCAAUGCCGGGGAAAAAGAGUGUAUCGAUCGUUGCAUUCGGUCGUCGUUCACACAUUUGCCCCCGACGCUGCAGCUUGCUUUUAUGGCCCUUGGGUUGUUUCGAGGUGGAUUCGACAAGGCUGCGGCGACAGCAGUCCUCCAGAGCGUAUCGACACUGCCUGGAAGCUCCAUCGGGUCGAGCGGGCCCGGGUCGCUUGCCAAGUCGUUGUCUGAGCCAUCGAUUCGUUCGAUGGGCACGUCGCGGACGUUGGCGAGCCACCGUCCGUCGCUCAUGAUGCGGUCGACUUCUGGCUUGAAUGAACUCGACCACGGGCUUGUGUGGGAAAGUUGGAGCGACAAGCUCCAGCAACUCAAUUCGCUCUUGGAAGAAACCAAUGAAAAGGACGACGUGGUGUCGAGCGAAGCAUAUCUUCUCUUGACGCUCGAGUCGCGGGACGAGCGGGUCGCGACCGAGCUAGACGUGACGUCGGCGGACGAAGCGCUCGAGACACUCAACCACUGGUCCUUGCUCGAACGGGUGACGGUGCCAAGGAAGGUGGCGCACGCGCCAUCUCCGAACGAACCGUCGUACGUGAAUGUGACGCAGUAUCGUUUGCACAGCAUGAUCCAGUUGUUUGCCGAAGACGAAGCGAGCCGACGCAGCUUGGAGAGUCCACAAAACCAUGCGCUGUACCUGACCUGGCGUCGGCGCUUUGUCCGGCAUUACUAUUCGAUCCUGACUCGGGCGUCAUGCAACUUUAGAACGGUGGGAAAUUUGAACGUCUUUGAUGAAAAUCGAUCCAACAUUGAGUCGGCGCUUCGAAUUGCCGAGCAACUGGCUCGGCACAGCGAGGACGUAGCGCGCGACACACGCGCGACGAAAGCCCGCAUCGAGGCGGAGGACGAAGCAUGCGAUGCCGACAGCUCCGUCGGCGACGUCGACAUCCCGAUCGUUGAUACCCUGCUCUAUGCGUUGCUCAUCGUCCGUGGUCGAUUCAUGGUUCGCGUGCGGCUGGAUCCCCGCGAACGGAUGGAGCUGUAUGAAAAAGCCAUCCAGCUCAGCCAGAACGCGCGCGUGUUGAAUUGCUCGUGCGGCCACAUCGAGAACGACUCGACCGUGCUCAUGGUGACCGACGCCGAUUACGACAAGGAGUCGCAAGUGCUGCUGCCGCACAGCUACGACACGCCGCACAAGGGCGACCCGCCGUGCACGUGUGCGGGCGUGAUGGAGCUCUUGGCGCUCGAAGUGCUCAUGAUCAUGGAAAUGGGGUAUGCGUACUAUGACGUGAUGGACUACGCCCGAGCCGAACACAUGUACCGCGAAUCCCUCCGGCUCCAGCGGGACGUGCUCGGGCGCCGCGCCCACUCGCAUGUGGCCGAGGUCAUCAAUUAUUUGGGAAUCUGCUUGAGUACACGCAAAGGGUACAAUGCAGUCAGCCAAACGCUGUUCCGGCAAGCGGAGGAGUGUCUGAUUGAAGCCAAGACGAUGCGGGAGCUUGUCCUGGGCAGGUCGCACGUCGACUACGCGACAAGCCUCAACAACUUGGGUAACUUUUACAAGUCGGCGCUGCAAAUGACAAAGACGCAUGGCGACGACAACCGAAGCCGCAAGUUUGGAUGGGGCGGCGUCCUUCUCAAAACAGCGGACGAAGUGAUGGAUCUGUACAAGGAGUCGCUGGAGAUUCGAAAAACGCUCAGCCCCGACGAGAUGCACCCGCACGUGGCGCAAAGCCUCAACAACAUGGCGCUGCUCAAAUCCCAUACGCUCGAUCGACCGCCCCUCAAUCAAUUGCCCAAAGAGCAGCUUGCUCUCGAGUACCAGCAGAUUUACGAAUGGUACAACGCGGCCCUGACCAUUCGGCGGCUCAAACUCGGCAACAACAAUCCGGACACGGCAUCGACACUCAACAACCUGGGCAACCUCAAGUUUAUUCAGAAAGACUUUGUGUCGGCCGAGCACUACUGCCUCGAAGCGCUGAAGAUUCGCCAGCAGUAUUACCACCAAAGCAACGACCGAGUGGCGCAAACGCUGCUCAAUCUCGGUCGAAUUUACGUGGCGCAGGUAAACCCGCCAUGUCGUGUGCGCACAUCAUGGGACGUGCCCGACUAGAGCAAGUACGCCGAGGCCGAAAUCGCCUACACGAAAGCGCUAAAGAUUCGUCAAGCCCUCCUGCCCGACUCCAAGGAGGUCGGGUUCUGUCUAGAGAAAGUUGGCCGGUGCAAAAUUCGGUUGAACCAAAAGGACGAAGGGGAAAAGAUGCUCCUGGAAGGCCAACUCAUGCGUCGGCGAACGUCGCAGGCCGUGCGAUCGACGCACUCGAACGCUGACACCACGACCACCUUUCGCGCAAACUUCAACGACUCGUUCUGCUCUAUGGACACGGACUCGACGUAUGGCGAAUCGAUCGCGUCGUCGACAUCCGCGCCAUCCGUGGAGAAAUUGCCCCUGCUGGCCAUCCUGUCGCCAGAAGUCCUGGCACGAGCCGAUGAGCUCAACAUUGACGGACGUCUCAUCGGGAAGGGCGGGUCGCGGAUCAAGGAAGUCGAGCAAGAGAGCGGCGCGCGGGUGACGUACAAUGGCACCAAGAGCUUCAAGGAUGGCGCGCACUACAGCUUUCUCGGGACGGUCGAUCAGACCGCAACAGCCAAACUCUUGUGCGAAAGUAUGCUGAAGGCCCUGGCGCGGAACGCGAUGAGCUCUAGCGGGCGACACAACCAAGACCGAGCGUCACCGUCGUCAGGGGCUCCGCGACCUCCGCGGCACGGGAGCCAGUCGAAAGGCGGAAACAGGCAGCACGGCGGAGGGAGUCGUCAUGCCAAUGGAAAUGGGGCAGCUUCCGCCAUCUCGUCGGGCGGCGCGGCAUCGCGCCAACUGACCUUGUCCGACUAUAUCGCUCCAUCCAGCAACAAAAAGAAAGCCAAGAGUGGCAAAUAAACAGUCUACAUGUCACUCGGUCUUUGCAA